AUGUCAAGGGUCUCACAGCUUACUCUCAUCUUCCGCGACAAACUACAAACUACCAACCAAAGCUCCAACAAAAACUCAGAUGCUGUCGUGAAGAAACCAUUGGCUCCAUCGUCGAGCAACGACCGUCAGACGAGAGGGGCUGCUUCGUGGUCAUCGUUCCAAAUGCCUGUUCACUACCCAAGCUUCACGAAGGAAGAGUACGAGGCUAUGUCGGAGGACGAGCUUGAUCGACUUCUCAAACUAUAUGGUCUGCAGCCUACAAAUCUUGGUGACUUGUCUAGCAAGAAACAGUUUGCUAUCGGUGCCUUCUUGUGGGAGAAGGGAAUAGAUUCAUCUCCAGGUGAGCAUGAACUAGUAAACCCUAGCUCUUCCAUUGAUGGUUUGGGUGAGAGCUCUUUGAUGGGAUUGAUGACGGCUUUGAAAUAUACGGUUCACUAUGUAUUCCGUGUUUAG